AUAUUUCUUAAUUCUAGUUACUUACUGUUUGUAUAAUUUUAUUGAGAUUAAGUUGAACAAUUUCAAUUGGAUUUAUACUACAAAUUAUUAAUGCAAUUCAUACUUCAUUCAUGUUAUAUUACGUAAUUGGAUAAAUUAACUAUCGAGUUUCUUUUCUCUUUUAAGUAAAUAAAAUCAUUAACAACAUCAACAAGGCAUUUCGAUGGCCAAUGUUGAUAUGACCUGGCCAACAACAGUAGUUACUGUAUCUGGUGAAAAAACAGUAUUUGGUCAACGUAGUAAUAGUAUAACAGAGAAAUCAUCUAAUGACAAUAUACAAAAAACAAUCAAUUCAUCUAUUCAACAUGAUAUUGAAAACUUAAACUUAAAUCAUUUGAAUGAAGAUGAACGUCAAAAGGUUUUAUGUGUAGUAAAAAAAGACUUUGAAGUACGUGCUAAAGAACGAGAAAGAUUGAACCGAUUUCGUUCAAGUAUUUUAAGACGAGAUAGAGAAUUGGCUGUUAAAAGUUUAACAUCAACUACUGAAAGUACAUCUUGUUUAUUAUGUGGACGUGCAUUUAUACCUUUGAUUAAUCCUAAACAUAUAUGUUUCAAUUGUCAACGUGAAAUUUGCCGAAAUUGUUCAGAAUCUAUGAAUAAAUACGAUGAAUUCUUAUGUAGAAUGUGUUUAAAAGAGAAAAAUUAUCGUGCAAUGACAUGUAAUUGGUUUUACGAGACAGUAAUUCAACGAUUCAGAGAAUUCGGAAGUACAACUGUUGCUAAAAGUUUAUUUGGAUCAACGUACAAACAAGUCCAAAAUAUGGCUGAAGAAGAACUUUGGAAUCUUUUAUUUCGAUCCUCAUCAUCUAAAAGAAACUCUAUCGAAUCGAAAGAAUCAGACAAGUUUUAUUCAGCAGAUCAAGCUAGAGAAGCACAAAUUAAAAAAUUAAGAAAUCGAUUAGAAAAAUUAAUGGAAGAAACUUUAUCUGAAUUAAAUGCUGUUGAAAAAAAUGAUUCAUUAUCACCAAGACAAAUCACUUGGCAACAUGAAAGUGUAGGCAUGAAGUUUAAAAAGAACGCCUGUCGUGAAAUGAGAAAUUUCAUUCAAAUUCUCUACAUAACAACUGAAAAGGAACGAAUGAGUCAAGGUAUGAACACUAAGAAUAUUACUCCAUACGUAAUGGAUACUUUAGAAGGUGAAAUUGGUCGAAUAGUUGGAUAUAGUGUGAAGGGUGUUACAGAUACAAACAGUUUGGCUGGUGAAGAUGAUAAAGAAUCUGUUACAAUGGUUGAUCGUGAUGGUGUAGAAGGACGAUUGGCUGAAAUUCUUUUCAAUAAACUCUAUUCCGACAUUAAUUCUACGAAACAAGAGACUGUUAAAAAGUUUUCAUUUCAAACAUCUAAUCCCAUAGUAACUAAUACAAAUUUCAAUAAAUCAUCUUACAAUUUCAUGAAUCAAUCAAAUCAAAAAGAUGAACUCCAUGUUACAGAAGGUUUUCCAAUUCGAAUGGAAUAUUCUUUACCAUAUAAUGAACAAUGCGAACUUCAGUGGUAUAAAUUAAACCAUAAAAAUCAACGAGUCCCAGUCAAACUUGAUUUUCGUAUUGAACAUGUUAUCACUGGUGCAAUUCAUAUGUCAUUCAAACAACAUCAACAAUUAAAUCAUCAAUAUCCAAAACAUCCAUUUGUUUUGUCAAAUUCAGGUUUGAUUACAAAUGAAACAAAACAAAAGUUGAAUCAAUGGAAAUGUAAAUUAUUAGAAUCUGAAUCAAAUACUAAUGUCAAUAAUAAUAAUAAUAAUAGUGGUAAUGAAAUCAUCUACCUACAACAUCAUCUCAUCAUAUGGGCAAGUAAACCUGAUGAUACUGGAAGAUAUUUUGCAUCAAAUCAAUAUCCAUCGAAUACAGAUGGUAUAUCAUCAACCGAAGAGAAGGAAUUUAUACUACAAGUAAUAAAAUCCAAUCAAUCAUCAGGCAGUCCACAAUGUUCACCAGAAUUUAUUGAACCUCUUAUAGUACAACCAAUGAGCAGUGCUACUAGUGAUCCUUUUAUUGAAAUGACAUGUAUAGUGACAGGCAAUCCUAUACCAAGAUGUUUAUUAUACCGAAAUUCAGUACCUAUCCCAGUGGUUAUAAUGCCUUUUCUCAAAAUCGAACCUAAUGACCCACUAUCUACAUUGAGUUCUUUAACGCAAAAAUACACUGUCACAACAUCAUUAUUUGACUCAAACAAAUCAGAUCGAUCAAACAGUUAUACAAGAAAGAUUACACUACGUCUUAAUCGACCAUCCAGUUCAGAAGACAUAGCCACCUAUAGUUGCCGUGCAUGGAAUUGUCAUGGUCGAACUAUUACAUCAAGUGUUUUAUCAAUGCAAGGUAAACAUUAACUAACCUUCGUUUUAUUCAUAUCGUAAUCACAUUUUUCUAAAGAAUUUCUGUAAUCUGACUUUAGUUUCCUUUUCAUUAGGAGAAGCAACUUGAAUGCUUUCUAAGGCAUUCAUAAUCAAUUGAUAAAGUAGUGAAACUUCAUCAGUUGAGAUGGCUGAGACAAGUGUUACGUAUGCCCAACUACCGAUUGCCUCGACGUGCUAUGUUUUAUGGUGCAGGAGUGGGUUGGAAGAAAGCUAGGGGCAGUCAGACGAAAGCAUGGCACAGAUCCAUGAAGUUACUGACAAGUGGACUGAGUCAUGUUGGUAGGUGUAGACUACCUGGUUGAGAUCGGCCAGAUGAUAGCAACCGACGGUUAGGGACCUUGAAUGACAUGGCUCAAAAUCGUUUUCAAUGACGCGGGUGCAUCCACUCUUUGUGUUCUCCCAAAUUCUAUUCUUCUGAGUUCUUCAUGUCCGUUUUUUUCUUUUUCCAAAUCUAUUUCACUCGAUUAUACUCAUUGAAUAACAUUUUUAAACCCUAAUGUUUCCUAAUACUACUUAUACUUUUUCUACCUCUACCACUAUGGGAUUUGAAUGGACAAUUGUAUCUGUGUGAUAAUGUGGUAUGGCUACUCGAACUGAUGUACGUAUGUACGAAGUUCUACGUUGCUACUGACUAGCUGAAUAAUUUAUACUGAUUACAUUAUUUAAGAAGGAUUAAUUAACUACCUUUUCUAUUCUAAUCAAUUAUAGUUGAGUAUGUUUUCUUGAAGUAUUUUCCGCAACUGUCAGCUUGAGAAAGCAUUUGAUUCGAUUCCAAGGAAUUCAAAUGAUUCUGACUGACAUUUUUCGGUAACUCGAUUUUUGCUUCUAAUUUAGUUAUAAAUUGUUUAUUUUCUCAACGACAACAAAAAUGGUCUCAUCCGGAAGAACAUUCCUUCAUAACUUCUUAAAAUGAAUCAAAUAACUGUAUAUAAUAUGCCUCAAUUCAUUUGUUCCACAUGACAAGUUAAAUGAAUCUCAAUUGUUUGUCAGACAUUUUUAAGUAACUAAAGAAUUAUGUAAUCCCAGUAGUUUCAUAACGAUCAGUCAUUAGAUAACUUGUGUAAUUUAUGUAAGUUAUGACCUCUAUCCUACAGAUUGUAUAUGUGUAAUAGUCAAGUUGACAUUGAUCAUAAACAUUUAUUUAAUUACUAUCUAUCUAUCUAUCUAUCCAUGUUUUUCUUUGAAAUCAUGAUUUAACUAUUCAUUGUUUAGAUCACUUCGCUAAAUUCGAUUGUCCCUUGGAAAAAUCGAAUAUGAACGACAAUAUCGAUAUGGUAAAAAUUGAUUCAAUUCAAUCAACAGUAAAUACUUCUCAAAAUGUUCGUGAUGUAAGCUUGUGUUCUAUGUAAAAUACAUCACCUUUCAUGCAGUUACAUUUUCAAAUUACCUCAUAAUUGAUCAUUUAUUACAGCUUAAUAAUAGUAGUGUAAAUCAAUUGUUAACUGGUCACAUUAUAGGUGAGAAUUCUCAAAAAAUAUUACUCGAUUUGACAUACCUACAAAGGAUAACGAAUGUGAUGGCUUUUACUGAAGUGUCAUUGCAAGACAAUAUUCUUAUGUGAUUUUAUUCAAAAACCAUUUGAUUGAUGAGUAAAAACUAAAUCGCAUGAUUUUUUUAUAACCUUGUAACCAGUUUACUGUUGUAUUCUGCAGCCCGAUCUCGUCAUCAUACCAUUUCCUAGCUUUUUACCAACUUGGUAUGUAAGAAAUAAUCAAUAAAACAAAAUGAGUUUUAUAGCUAAAAGCCUAAUUCGCAUAUUUGCAACUCAUUUGUAUAAACAGACUACUGAACCAACUCAAAUAUGGAGAUUUGAAUGAUGAUGUUAACUUGAUAAAGAAAUCACCCGAAAAAAAGCCAGCUGAAACUUAUCGCUUAUGUACCACGUAACUCUGGAUUUACAUUUGAUCUAGUCGGAAUUCCCCAACCUAACACUAACUUUGUAGUCGAAAUAAAUCAAUUGUAAUAUAUUUCUCUAUUGUACUGAGCUUUAAGAGUUGAAACCCUUGGUGAUAUAUGUAUUCUUUUAAAGUCAUAGAUAUGACUGGUUAUUCAUCUUCAAUAAGCAC